GCUACCAGGAGUGCCAGCCUAGCCCUGUACAGCAGAAGUGGUGGUAGUCGCCUUUGCCCUUGGUUCUUGUUCUGCUUGCGCUCGACCUCGCAGCCAUGGAGGCACCCCAGGAGCUUCUGAGUGGGAAGCUCCAACUCCGCUUCACCCCCGCUGCCGGGACCAGCCUCCUGAUGCUCAGGCUGAACGACGCAGCGUUGCGGGCGCUGCAAGAGUGUCGGCGGCAACAGGUUCGGCCAGUGAUCGCUUUCCAAGGCAACCGAGGGUAUCUAAGGUUCCCAGGACCUGGCUGGUCCUGCCUCUUCUCCUUCAUAGUGUCCCAGUGUGGCCAAGAGGGCCCUGGUGGCUUGGACCUUGUGUACCAACGCUUAGGCAGAUCUGGGCCUAACCACCUCCACUGCCUGGGCCCACUCAGGGAACGCCUCACUAUUUGGGCAGCCAUGGAUUCCAUCCCUGCCCCAUCUUCAGUUCAGAGACACGACCUAACUGACAGUGCCAGAGAUCCUGAGAGUUGGCAGAACGUAGGAGACUAUUCUGAGGAAGACACAGUUUCACAGCCACAAAUGGCACUAAAAGAGGUACCAGAUCCACUGGCAAGCAGCCAAAGACAGUCACUCCCAGGAUCCUCAGAGGAACACAUGGCACAGUGGGAAGUGAGAAACCAGACCCAUCUUCCAAACAGAGAACCUGAUCAGGCACUGCCUUCCUCAGCUAGCCAGAAACAUUCGGACAAGAAGCGCCCAGCACCUGCAACCACUAGAAAACUAAAAGAAAAGAGGCUCAGAACCCUGCCUUUAGCUCCAAGUCCCCUACAAGCACUGCCCAGUGAGGACCUGCAAGAGGGAGAUUGGGAGCAAGAAGAUAAAGAUGAAGACAUGGGCUCCAGGCUGGAACACAGUCCCUCAGUUCCAGCAGAUUCUGAAUCCCCAAGCCCUGAAGAAGUACCAGAUUAUCUCCUGCAAUACACAGCCAUCCACAGUGCAGAGCAGCAACAUGCUUAUGAGCAGGACUUUGAGAUGGAUUAUACUGAAUACCGCAUCCUCCAUGCUCGUGUUGGGGCUGCAAGCCAAAGGUUCAGAGAGCUGGGAGCGGAGAUCAAGAGAGUUCAGCAAGGAACUCCAGAACAUAAGGUGCUGGAAGAAAAAAUAGUCCAGGAAUAUAAGAAGUUCAGGAAGCGGUAUCCAGGUUACAGGGAAGAAAAGCGUCGCUGUGAGUACCUGCAUCAGAAAUUGUCCCACAUUAAAGGUCUCAUCCUGGAGUUUGAGGAAAAAAACAGGGGCAGCUGAAGCUAUCAGAAGGCUCUUUACCCUCUCUCUGCUCAGUGAGAUAUGAAGGAACAAAGCAACUAUAAACUGCAGAGUGCAAUUGUCUGCUCUUCUUAUUGCUGAGUCCAUGGUGGCAAGUACGAGAGCUCUUCUAUUCUCUUUAAGAUUUCACUUUCAUUGUUGUUGCAUUUUACUUUUUAGGAUGUGGGCACAGUUCCAAGAUUCCACAACUGUGCCCAGGAGACUAGGAAGAGUAGCAGAGGCUUGGCUUCUUCAUCUUUAGUUCAGCCAAGUCAUUUUCAAAUCCUGAGAAAUGACACCAUUCCCAGGACAAGAUACCUUGAGAACAUUAGAAUUUAGCCUGGUAGCCUCCCUAAAGCAACAGUAGAGAGAACUUUUGGUAACAGAGCUAAAAGAACUUGUAAUACACCUGGAUAUAAUGGGAAAGGGCUUAGUUGUUCCCCAUGUACUAAAAGUAAAUUCUUUUACAAACAUGGCUAAAAAAUGAAAACUGAUUGCUUCUGUGUCCUCUGUAUAAGUUUGCAUGCUUUCCUUAAACUCUUCAAGGCAAUAGUUAUUACCCACGACUAUCUAUUUGUACCAUUUCUUGGGUGCUCUGAAAAAUUAGAUCCCCAGAUCCCAGCCCAGGUCUUAUGUAUUAGACUCUUCAAGGUUAUGGUUAGGCAUCUUUACUUUUCCAAAGCACUAAGGAUGAUCUUGCUAUAAAUUUUGCUAUUAAGUCUCUAUCAAAUCCAUCUUAUAAUUGGCAGCUAGAGAUUACAACAGGAAUAAAGUUCUCUUUUUCAAACCAUAGAGGUUGAGGAUCAUCUACAAAUAGGGCUCCUAUCUGGAAUUAUCUAGUACUAAAAACUUUAAAUACAGAUAGGAUUUGGAUUUACCCAGAAAACAGGGAAAUUCAUUUGAACAAAAGAUCAUGUCAGUCCUAUCCCUUUUGUUCCCCACUGUUGCAGAAGAAAGUGGAUGCUUCAUUCACAACCAGGAAUGAUAUGCCUUUCCCAGUUCCACUGGAGAAGGAAGUUAAUGGGCCACACCUGGGCUGUGGGGGAGAGAGGUGCACCCAACAGUGUCAGCAAUUCCUGAAACAACUUGGAUGGAACCCCAACCUGAUGCCACACCCAUACAGGGCAUUUUUGGGCAGAGACUAGCCUUGGGAGGUAUAAACAUGCUCAGUUGUAUGACAAGGGUAAACAGUAACCCAUCCUUAGGGUAUGGGCAGGGCCUGAAACAGACCCAACAAAAAAAGUCCCUCACCUGUUGUAGUCAUCAGGCCAGGGGCCUGGGCAAUAAACAUGUAAAGACAGAAAAUGACGAAAGGUAGAAUGGAUUUAUAGGUGAUGACUAUGGACCUAGUUAGCUGGUCUAUAGCAGCACUGACCUAUAUGGUAAGCCAGUAGCUCUAGGUGUGAAUAUUGAAAUCAAUGAAAUUUUAAAAUGUAGUUCUUAGUUACAUUUCAAAUGUUCAGUAACUACCUGUGUUAGACAAUGAAAAUUAUGGAACAUUGCCAAGAUUCCAGAAAAUUCUAUUGGGACAGUGCUGAUCUAGAAAAUCUUUGGUUCCCUAUCUCCUGGAAAAAAGACAGUUUAAAGGGGGCUCAUUUAUUGUCACUGUUCCAAAUGUACAAAAAAAAUUAGAAAAUAACCCCCCAACUCAAUCCCCCCCACCCCCACAACAUUACCCCCAACACAAAUAAUUUUUCCCAAAACCACAAACAUCAACUGGUCCUGGUAUUUCCAUAAACAGUGCAGCUAAGAAACAGUUUAGAGAAAAUUUAACGGGAUUCAGAUUAUAUCCAUUCUGUCCUCUCUGCCCUGAGAGUAAUAAUCCCAUAUGGGUCCCAGUCCUCCCCAAUGGUUUUCCCAUCUCUGGUGGAAGAGUCCUUUUACAAAGUGGCAUGUUUGGCUGCUGCUUU